CCGUCUUCCUUCAUCGAAAUAGUAGCAGCAGUACCUUCUGCUGUUUGACCGACGUAACAUACCAAGAAAAUUCACUCGUCAAAAUGUAUUCGAAAAGUAUUGGGGAACGUCAAGCCACUAAGGAACAUGUUUUAGCUAUUUCAAGAGAUUUUAUUUCACAGCCACGGCUUACAUACAAAACUGUGUCAGGUGUAAAUGGGCCAUUGGUAAUAUUGGAUGAAGUUAAAUUCCCAAAGUUUGCAGAAAUUGUUCAAUUGAAGCUUGCUGAUGGAUCCAUGAGAUCUGGUCAAGUAUUGGAAGUAUCUGGGUCUAAAGCUGUUGUUCAGGUAUUUGAGGGUACUUCUGGCAUUGAUGCAAAAAAUACUCAUUGUGAAUUUACUGGUGACACUCUUCGGACCCCUGUGUCCGAAGAUAUGCUGGGCCGUGUCUUUAAUGGAUCUGGAAAACCAAUUGACAAAGGCCCUCCUAUUCUUGCGGAAGAUUUCUUGGACAUUGAAGGUCAACCAAUUAAUCCAUGGUCACGUAUCUAUCCUAAAGAAAUGAUUCAAACUGGCAUCUCUGCUAUUGAUGUUAUGAAUUCUAUUGCUCGUGGACAGAAGAUCCCUAUUUUCUCUGCCGCAGGUUUACCACACAAUGAGAUUGCUGCACAAAUUUGUCGUCAAGCUGGUCUUGUAAAAUUACCUGGGAAGUCAGUUUUAGACUCUCAUGAAGACAACUUUGCUAUUGUAUUCGCUGCUAUGGGUGUGAACAUGGAAACUGCUCGUUUCUUCAAGCAAGAUUUCGAAGAGAAUGGUUCUAUGGAGAAUGUAUGCCUCUUCUUGAAUUUGGCUAAUGAUCCUACUAUUGAAAGAAUCAUUACUCCACGUCUGGCUCUGACUGCAGCUGAAUUUUUGGCUUAUCAAUGCGAAAAACAUGUUUUAGUCAUACUUACUGAUAUGUCCUCUUAUGCAGAGGCUCUACGAGAAGUAUCAGCUGCUCGUGAAGAAGUUCCAGGACGACGUGGUUUUCCCGGUUACAUGUAUACCGAUUUAGCAACUAUAUAUGAACGAGCUGGUAGAGUAGAAGGUCGUAAUGGUUCCAUCACUCAGAUUCCAAUUCUAACUAUGCCAAACGACGAUAUUACUCACCCUAUUCCUGAUUUAACUGGAUAUAUUACUGAGGGACAAAUAUAUGUUGAUCGUCAACUUCAUAAUAGACAAAUUUAUCCACCUGUUAAUGUACUUCCUUCAUUGUCUCGUCUUAUGAAAUCCGCUAUUGGUGAAGGGUGGACGCGAAAAGAUCAUUCUGACGUGUCUAAUCAAUUGUAUGCAUGUUACGCCAUUGGAAAAGAUGUACAAGCUAUGAAAGCUGUUGUUGGUGAAGAAGCUUUAACACCAGAUGAUUUACUAUAUUUAGAGUUCCUUUCAAAGUUCGAGAAGAACUUCAUUUCUCAGGGAAGUUACGAAAAUCGUACAGUCUUUGAAUCACUGGAUAUUGGUUGGCAAUUAUUACGUAUCUUCCCUAAGGAGAUGCUGAAACGAAUUCCUACUAACAUUCUCGCUGAAUUUUAUCCAAGAGACUCGCGUCAUUAAUUUCUCCAAUGAUUAAAUUUUUCCUCUUCUAAAUUCCAUAAAAAAAGUUGUAAAUGAAAAAGAUGGAAAAAGGUCUGACCUUUUUAUAAUUGAAUCGAAAAAGAAUUAAGUAUUUAUAAAAAUUUCGAAAAUACAUAUUGUUAAAAUUACAGUAUUUUUGUUAAUCAAACCUCAAAUAAAAUUGAAAUUAGUAUGUUUUGAUAAAUUAAAUGGCUGGACAAUAAUGGCAAAUAUGUAUUGGUGCAGAACUUAAAUCUAAAAGGUCAGAACCCCGUUGUACGAUUUAACGUUAACUCUAUAUCGUUGAAAUCAAAUUUUAACAAUGUAUUGUGUUUUGUGCGAAUAAUCACUUAUGAGAAGUGAUUGUGUAAAGUGUAAUAUAUUAUUCAGUAUUAACAUAGAAAAAGAAAUAUGAUUGUAUAACACUUUAUAUUUUUCGGUCCUACAUUCCAAUAUCAAGUUGUCAUCUGUAGAAAUGUUAUUACUCAAUUAAAAGAAAUAAAUAUUAAAUGUUAUUUAA